GAUUCUAGUUUGUUGAGCGCUUUUUGUGUUUUAUUCCCGUCAGCCUCAUGGACAGCCAGUCUCUAAAAUAUCUAGCUGUAGACAAAAACACUCUAGCCGAUGCGGCAGCGCAAACCGAAUGGGCGUCGAAGCGUUUCGUGUGGGUCCCUCACGCGGAGCAGGGAUUCGUAACAGGCAGUGUGAAGGGCGAGAAUGCAGCCAAGGAAGAAGUGAUCGUCGAACUCGAGGACGGCUCUCGUCAGACGGUGCCCAAGGAUGACGUGCAGAAGAUGAACCCGCCCAAGUUUGACAAGGUCGAAGACAUGAGCGAGUUGACGUUCCUCAACGAGGCGAGCGUGCUGCACAACAUGAAGGAUCGCUACUACAGCGGCCUUAUUUAUACUUAUUCUGGUCUGUUUUGCGUGGUUGUCAAUCCGUAUCGUCAUUAUCCGAUCUACACCGAUCGCGUUGUUGAUGCGUACAAGGGCAAGAAGAGAUACGAGAUGCCUCCGCACAUUUUUGCUAUUGCCGAUGAUGCGUACAGGAGCAUGAUGCAGGAUCGUGACAACCAGUCAAUUCUCUGCACUGGUGAAUCUGGAGCUGGAAAGACUGAGAACACUAAGAAAGUUAUCCAGUAUUUAGCACACGUUGCAGGUGGCAGUAGAGCUCACAGCACGACGCCUAACAAGAAUCUAGUACGACGAUCUACUAGCUCAGAUCUGAUGCAUAGAACAGGACUCACAAUGGCACAGGGUGAGUUAGAACAGCAACUUUUACAAGCCAAUCCAAUAUUGGAAGCAUUCGGAAAUGCUAAAACUGUGAAGAAUGACAACUCGUCUAGAUUUGGUAAGUUUAUCAGAGUCAACUUUGAAUCUUCGGGCUACAUCUGUGGAGCUUCAAUUGAUACAUAUCUGCUGGAGAAGUCCAGGGCCGUCAGACAAGCGCAGGGUGAACGCACGUUUCAUUUCUUUUAUCAGCUGCUUGCUGGAGCCACAGAAAAAGAAAGAAAGGAUUUCUUGUUGGAAGACAUUGGCAAUUAUCGCUAUCUGAGUAAUGGCAAUGAACUGAUUGUGGGCGUCAAUGACUCUGCUGAGUAUGCAAUGACUCGGGAAGCAAUGGAUAUCAUGCAUUUUACUCAUGAUGAAAUUGAUUCUAUUUGCAAGACAAUUUCAGCCCUUCUUCAUGUGGGUAAUUUUGUGUUCAAGCAAGAGAGGAACUCUGACCAAGCUGUUUUGCCUGACAACACCAGUGCACAAAAAGUAUGCCAUUUGCUUGGCAUACCUGUGACAGAUUUUACGAAAGCAUUGCUGAAGCCCAAAGUGAAAGUUGGACGAGAAGUAGUCACAAAAGCUCAAAACAAAGAACAGGUGGAGUUUGCCAUUGAAGCCAUCUCAAAGGCGCUCUAUGAGCGACUAUUCAAAUGGGUAGUUGGCAAGAUCAAUAAAGUGCUAGAUCGCACUCGUCGGCAAGGAGCUUCGUUCAUUGGAAUUCUAGACAUUGCUGGGUUUGAGAUCUUUCAGUUUAACUCGUUUGAGCAGUUUUGUAUCAAUUACACAAACGAGAAGCUUCAGCAGUUGUUCAACCACCACAUGUUUAUUUUGGAGCAGGAGGAAUACCGUCGUGAAGGAAUCGAAUGGGAUUUUAUUGACUUUGGACUUGAUCUUCAACCAUGCAUUGAUCUGAUUGAAAAGCAUCCCAUGGGCAUUCUUCCUCUGCUAGAUGAGGAAUGCUGGUUUCCAAAGGCAACGGAUAAGUCAUUUGUUGAGAAGCUUGACAGGGAGUUUUUAACCAAUACAAAGUAUAGGAAACCUGACUUUCGAUCAAAGUCUGACUUCAGCAUUAUUCAUUAUGCAGGAAGUGUGGAUUACGCUGCUCAUCAGUGGCUCGUGAAGAACAUGGAUCCACUGAACGACAACCUGACAUCAUUGCUUCAUAACUCAACUGAACAAUUUGUCGAUGCUUUGUGGAAAGAUCUCAGCAAUGUUCAUGGAAUGCCUGACAGUGGCACCAGCUCACGACCACGAAAAGGCAUGUUUCGUACUGUUGGACAACUUUACAAGGAGCAGCUGAAUGACCUAAUGGUAACACUGAGAAACACGACUCCACACUUUGUUCGUUGCAUUAUUCCCAAUCAUGAGAAGAAGCCUGGGAAGCUUGUUCCUCCUCUAAUUCUGGAUCAAUUGCGUUGCAAUGGUGUGUUGGAAGGUAUACGAAUUUGUCGACAAGGAUUUCCUAACAGAGUACUGUUUUUGGAGUUUAGGCAAAGGUAUGAACUGCUCAUACCCGGUGUUAUUCCCAAAGGAUUCAUGGAUGGAAGAAAAGCUUGUCAACAAAUGUUGGAAGCAUUGGAUCUUGAUGAAAACUUGUACAGAAUUGGCCAGUCAAAGGUCUUCUUUCGCGCUGGUGUGUUAGCUCAUCUAGAAGAGGAGCGUGACAUCAAACUGACUCACACUAUCAUUGGCAUACAAGCUCGUAUUCGUGGAAUGUUGGCCAGACAACACUAUCGUAAGCGUGUUCAACAGCAGAUUGCUAUUCGAGUUGUGCAGCGCAAUGUGCUUAGCUAUCUCAAGUUGAGAAACUGGCCGUGGUGGAAACUGUUCACGAAGGUAAAACCUUUGCUUGAUGUGACAAGACAAGAGGAGGAAAUGAGGGUGAAGGAGAAGGAGUUGCGUGAUGUUGUAUCAAGAAUGGAGAAGGCCGAGGCCGAGCUGAAAGAGCUUCAGCGAGUUCAUGCACAGACAGUGGCUGACAAGUUGUCGCUUUCCGAUCAUUUACAGAAGGAAAGUGAGCAAGUUGCUGAGCUGGAAGAGACUCGCAAUGCAUUGUCCAAAAGAAAAAUGGAGCUUGAGGAAUUAUUCCGUGAAACUGAAACUCGUCUUGAAGAGGAAGAAGAAAAAACUGCAAAGCUGGCAGAAGAGAAACAACAAAAGGAGAUACAAAUACAGGAGCUUGAGGACACUGUGGAAGAGGAAGAGUCUGCAAAGCAGAAGAUUCAGUUGGAGAAAAACCAGCUGGAGAGUCGUGUGAAAAAUUUAGAAGCUGAUCUUGUCUCGCAGGAGGACUCUAAUUCAAAGCUGUCAAAAGAGAGAAAAUUACUAGAAGAGAAGCUAACAGAAAUGCGAGUUGCUCUUUCAUCAGAAGAAGACAAAGCAAAGAACUUGACAAAGGUGAAGAAUAAACAAGAACAGACAAUUGCAGACUUGGAGGCGAGGCUCAAACGAGCAGAAGAGUUGUGCCAGAAACUUGAAAAAGAGAAGCGGGCUUUAGAGGCUGAGAAUCGAGAUUUGAAAGAGCAGUUGGAAAAUGCAAAGCAGCAAAUUAGUCAGCUGCAAAUGACACUCGGCAAACGAGACACUGAAGUGACAGCAACUCUUCAGAGACUCGACGAAGAAAGUGCUGCUCGUGUUUCACUUGAUAAGGAACGUCGUGAGCUGCAGUCACAAAUUCAAGAGUUGCAGGAAGACUUGGAGUCUGAACGUAACCAAAGAACAAGAGCAGAACGAUCAAAACGUGAACUUGGCCAGGAGCUUGAGAGUCUUCGAGAUGAACUGUCUGAAACAACUAACUUGACUGAGGUUCAAAAAGCACAACAAGGUAAGCGUGAAGCAGAACUAGAUGCUGUGAAGAAAACACUUGAAGAAGAGAUGGUUUCGCAUGAGCAAGCCAUGGCUGAUAUUCGUCACAAACACCAACAAGCUGUUGAUGAACUAACAGAACAAUUAGACUCGUCAAAGAAAAGUGCAGACGCUUUCAAGAAAGCGAAAAGCAAGUUGGAGUCAGAUAAAGCAAGUUUAGUUCAACAAAUGGACAACAUCAGUCAAUCCAAAGCAGAAGCAGAUCGACGCAAGAAAACACUGGAAAGCCAACUGCAAGACCUGACAACAAAAUGGGAUGGAAAUGAGCGAGAUCUGGUUGAAUUACGAAGUGCAAACAACAAACUGAAGAGUGAGUUGGAGAAAGCUUCGUCUAGUGCUGUUGACUUUGAAGCGCAAUCAAGCUCACUGAGUCGAGAGAAACACAUUCUUGAGACACAACUUGCUGAAAUUCAGGAAUCAUUGUCACAAGAGUCACGUGACAAAGUGGCAGCUCUCAAUCGAUUGCGUACUGUCGAGGGUAACAUGGCACGUAUGCAGGACCAACUUGAAGAGGAAGAGGAGAACAAGAAUAAUAUAGAAAGACAAGUGUCUAGUGUGCAGCAGCAGCUGGCUGAGUUCCAGAAACAACACAAUGACGACAAAGUUGCUCUUGAAGAUCUUGAAGCUCAGAAAAAGAAAUUAUAUAGAGACAUUGAAAGUCUUCAGCAGAAAUUAUUAGAGGCUGAGUCGUAUACUUCCAAAUUGGAGAAAAGUAAGCGACGGCUGCAGGGUGAACAGGAGGAUGCAAGUAGAGACUUGGAAGUUCAAAUUGCUGCAGUGACAGCACUAGAAAAGAAGCAGAAGAAAUUUGAUCAGACAUUGAGCGAGCAGAAAGCAGUUACAGAAAGAUAUGCUAUGGAGAGAGAUCAAGCACAGAAAGAAGCAAGAGAAGCUGCUACUAAGACAAUGACGCUACAGAAUGAACUAGAAGACUUGAACUACAAAGUGACAGAACUAGAACGAGCAAAGAAGCAGUUGAUGUCUGAGUUAGGUGAACACUUGGAAUCUAAAGAUGACGUUGGGCGAUCUAUGCAUGACUUGGAAAAGACAAAACGUUCUCUAGAAGUUCAGCUGGAAGAGCAGAAACAGCAAAUUGAAGAGCUAGAAGAUGAACUGCAGCUUGCAGCAGACGCCAAAAUGAGACUGGAGGUAAACAUGACAGCGUUGAAAUCCAGUUUUGAGAAGGAAGCUCAGCAGAAAGAUGAGCAAGGAGAAGAAGCUCGUCGUAGCAUCCAGAGACAGCUUCAUGAAUUGGAAGAUGAAUUGGAAGAAGAAAGGAAGCAGAGAACAGCUGCUGCCGGCAUCAGACGGCGAUUGGAGUCAGAAGCAGCAGAACUUCAACAUCAGAUUGAACAAGCCAAUAGAGUGAAAGAAGAAUCUAUCAGACAAUUGAAGAAAUAUCAGAACCAAGUGAAGGAUCUCAGCAGAGAAGUGGAUGAUGCACGUAUGUCACGUGAUGAGUCACUCAGUCGAUACAAGGAGCUUGACAGAAAAGUGAAACAUAUGGAAUCUGACGUGGCAGCAGCACAAGAUGCUUUGGAUGCUGCUGAUCGAGCGCGACGACAAGCUGAGGGCGAGAGAGAUGAAUUGAAUGAGCAAAUGUCUGGAAAUAAUCCACGAAUUCAACUGCUGACGGAAGAGAAAAAGAGGUUGGAAACUAAGUUGACAAACAUGGAAGAAGAGUUUGAGGAUUUGCAGAAUGAUCUAGAGCAGGCAAAGUCUCAACUUCGAAAAGCCAGCAUGCAGGUGGAUACGUUGACUCAGGAAGCUGCUUCUGAAAGGUCAAGAGCUCAGAAGGUUGAAAAUGCCAAAUCAGGUCUUGAGAGACAGUUGAAAGAGUUGCGCGAUAAACUGUCUGAAGUAGAAGAUGGAUCUCGCAGUCGUGGACGAGUGACCAUCCAAGGACUGGAGAGCCGAGUUAUAUCAUUAGAAGAAGAACUCGAAGGCCGAACAAGGGAGUGUAAUGGAGCUCUAAAAGCUAACAGACGGUUAGAAAAACGAAUGAAGGAUUUGAUGAUACAGACUGAGGAAGAACGUCGGCAUGCAGAUCAGUACAAGGAACAGGCUGAUCGUGUCAACCAAAGAAUGAGAGCACUAAAAAGACAGCUAGACGAGGCGGAAGAAGAAGUCACGCGUAUCAACGCCUCUAAGAGGAAACUCCAACGAGAAGUAGACGAACUCCAAGAAACGAAUGAGCAACUGAGUCGAGAAGUCUCGAACAUGAGAAGCAAGAGCAGCUCUAGAUCAAGACCCAUGAGUGCUGUUAUCUCGACAUCUCGAUCAUCACUACGUCGCCAUGAUUGGUCAAGAGGAACAGAGGAGUCUCUUGAUGGCAGCAGCAUUAACAGUCAGCCGCAAUCACCGACACCAGCAGAUGACAUUUGAAAUUAGGGAACAAUGCAAUGUACUAAUGACUCAUAUUUUACUGUUGUCUUUUACGAGGUGAAACAUCUUACAGCUUGAGGUAGAUUGUGCUAUGAACUGGCCAAUUAUAGACGUAGGGUUGGUAUUGUUACUGCAAUAUUAAUAGAUGACGUGUUGUGUAAUGGAAUUUGUACACAUCA